CAGUGGUACUUUAUCCGAGUCCCGGACUUUCUGCCGUUCCAUUUUGUGAGCGGCAGCACUUGCAAAAUAUCAUUCACUCUGUUUAUCACUACAUGAACUUUUCGAAUUUCCAUAGCUAGAGUACAUGGCGGUUCGCGCGAUGAAUGGUAGCGCAAUCUUGCGCUGCUGCACGGCGUCGCCACCAAUCGCCGCCAUAAGAUGCUGCGUCCACCAGUACAAGGCUGUUCACUUCCACCGUGGUGGUCAAUCCACCAAACUAGGGUUUCCGUUAUCAAUUUUGCAGCGAAGUUAUAAUAAAGUUUCUAAUGUUGGAGAUAGAAUCGUUGCAAUUCGAAAAUAUUCGGUGCAGAGCCUUGUGGAUAUGGUCGUGGAAGAACUUGAAUCGUUGCGCAAGCGUGGCAGAGUUCGCGCGUCCAACAAGUUGGAACUGAAAAGCAAUGAAGAGAUUCUUGAAAAUAAGUUAGGGAAACAGGUGCUGCAGAAAGGAUUUCUGCUAGAGUUCAAGAAAGAUCCGGAGAGGGUAUUGCUGGCAGUUGCACAAAAGCCUGAUGGCAAGAAGAAUUGGAUGGUUUCUGAUCAGAAUGGUGCCAUGACCUCCAUUAAACCGCAGCAAAUUACUUUCAUAGUUCCUGGUGUUGAAAACUUUGACCACACAGAGAUAUCAGACUUUGUUCAGAGAGCUCAGAGUAAUUUGGAUGCAACAUUGCUCGAGUUUGCCUGGAUUGAGCUUCUUGAAAAGAACAAAUCAGUAACAGUGGAAGAGCUGGCUGAGAUGAUUUUUGGUAGUGCCGAGCCUCUUGAGAGCUAUUGUGCUCAUCUACUGCUUUCAAAGGAUGACAUAUACUUCACUGUUUUGGAGAGUAAAGGUUCAUUUUCUGUUUAUGGGCCUCGACCUGUUGUUCAGGUUGAAGAACUUCUACGGCGGAAGCAAGCCAAAGAGGCUGCUGAGAAAGAACUUCAAGAGUUCGUGAAGUUACUGAAAUAUGCCAGGGAAAUGCCUCCGCAUUCAAAACCCAAAAAUUCUUCGUGGAGAACUGAUGAGAAGAUCUGGAAUAGGAUUGAGUCUCUUGAAGCAUAUGCAAUAGAUGAUUGCAGGACUGAUAACCAAAAGAAAACAGCUGCAAUGAUUCUGAAGGCCAUGGGACUAGCUAAAACAGCAUCAGCGGCAGUAGAUCUCCUCAUAGAUAUUGGCUAUUUCCCUGUACACGUCAAUCUUGAUUUGUUAAAGUUGAAUAUUCGCACUGAUUAUCCGGAAGAGAUUCUAGCAGCUGCUGAAAGUGUUCUCUUAGAGUGUCCUGACCUGGAUAAGGUUGACAGAAUAGAUUUGACUCACCUAAAGGUGUACGCAAUUGAUGUUGAUGAAGCUGACGAGCUUGAUGAUGCAUUGAGUGCAACAAGGCUACAGGAUGGCCGCAUUAAGGUUUGGAUACAUGUUGCAGACCCGACUAGCUUAAUUCAACCUGGGAGCAUGAUAGACAAAGAGGCAAUGAAGAGGGCAACUUCUGUAUUUUUACCAACUGCUACUCACCCUAUGUUUCCUGAGAAACUGGCCAUGGAAGGCAUGAGUUUGAAGCAAGGAAAGCCAUGUAAUGCCGUUACAGUUUCUGUUGUGCUGCACUCUGAUGGCAGCAUUGCAGAAUACCUAGUGGAAAACUCAAUUAUCAAACCAACUUAUAUGCUAACAUACGAGAGUGCAUCUGAACUUCUCCAUCUGAACCUAGAAGAGGAAGUUGAACUCAGACUUCUUUCUGAGGCUGCUAUGCUCCGGUUACAGUGGCGUCGGGGACAGGGUGCAAUAGACACAUCCACGAUAGAAACAAGAAUCAAGGUGACUAAUCCAGUCGAUCCGGUACCCUUGAUCAAGCUUUAUGUGGAAAAUCAGGCAGAUCCUGCAAUGCGGCUUGUAACUGAAAUGAUGAUACUUUGUGGCGAAGUUAUAGCCACUCUUGGUUCUUGUAAUAACAUACAUUUACCUUACCGGGGCCAACCUCAAUCAAAUAUUGAUAUAUCUGCAUUUUCUCAUCUGCCUGAAGGCCCUGUAAGGAGUUCUGCUAUAGUUAAAACCAUGCGUGCUGCUGAAAUGGAUUUCAGGAAGCCUAUACGCCAUGGGGUUUUAGGACUUCCUGGUUAUGUUCAGUUCACAUCUCCUAUCCGAAGAUAUAUGGAUCUCCUUGCACACUAUCAGGUGAAAGCUUUUCUUAGGGGAGACUCUCCUCCUUUCUCAGCGGGUCAGCUGGAAGGGAUGGCAUCCAUGAUUAACAUGAAUACUCGGGUAGUAAGAAAGCUCUGCAACAGCAGUCUUCGAUAUUGGAUAAUAGAAUACUUGAGAAGGCAACCAAAAGAGAGAAGUUUUUCUGCUUUGGUCCUCAGAUUCAUCAAAGAUAGAGUUGUAGCAAUACUCUUGAUGGAGGUUGGAUUACAAGCUUCUGUUUGGGUAUCUGUCGGAGUACAGGUUGGCGAUGAAGUAAAAGUUCGAGUGGAAGAAGCACUUCCACGUGAUGAUGUUCUCACUUUGAAGGAGGUUCAAGGAAUAUAAGGACUUUUUCCCGAUGAAGCUUGUGGCUGAGUCUUUGUUCCAAGACCAAGCUGUUUGGUAAAACCAAAUCUUGAAGUCAGUCAAAAAUAUAUAUUUUUUGGAAAAUGGCAUGGGCAUUGGCUUUGAUUCGGCUCAAUGCUAUUAUUUUUGUGGCAAAUAGGUAUAACCACUAAAGAUUCUAGCAUCUCUUAUUCGGAUGCUAGUUUAGAUGCGCUAAUGGACAAGAAUAUAUUGGUGUAAGCUGAUUUCUGCAUAGACACACAGUUCAAUCCCUGAUGUCUCUUAGGGGCCUCAGUUCAAUUAUCUGCGUUGUGACCCAUUUUGGAGGACACUAAACUGAUUUGCUGCAGGGUUUUAGGUCAAUUUCGCGAGGAAGUCAGCAGGCGCUGACAACCUUGCAUUGAUUUUUUGUUCUGUCGGAUCAGAAAUAUACAUAAAGGUAUUUGUCUCCACUGCUGGUAGAUAGCUUUCUAGGCGAAAGAAUUGAUUGUAAGAUUAUGUUCUCUCUUGAUUAUAGCUGGUAUUUGAAGUCUUAUAUUCUCUCCCUCUGUAUCACUUCCCUUUUUCUUUCAAAAUAAAUAUAAAGUUGAAUGCGGUAUUAUA